AUGUUGACAACUGAAGAUUGUCAAUCUGAGCGCGGAAGAGUAAAGAUCAAUGACAUAGACCUCUCGCCCUUCAUUAGACCAUGCUACGCAGAAGAUAGGGCAUGUUUGAAGUCGUCUGCUCAAGCAGCCGUUGCGGUGGUGGCAGCGGGUCUCCCGGCAUUGGGAGUAGAGCGAAUGGACCCGAUGCAUCUCGAGCACGUGUCGGCCAACCAAGCCGGGCUGAUUAUGGAGUUCAAUAAUACCCAAGUACGAGGAUUGAGACACUGUCGCGUGCUCGAUUUACAACGCGAAGGUCCUCGGAUGUCAGUGGAGCUCCAGUGCAGUGUGGUGCUGACGGGGGAUUAUGUGCUCAGUGGCAAGUUGCUCAUCUUCCGCAUACAGGGCAGUGGCCGCUACAAGAUCACGAUACGUGACAUAGUUGUGAAGGUUAGCUUGGAGACGGUGGAGCGUAAGAAAGGCAGGGAGCGGUACUGGUCGGUGGUGCGUUGGAGGCACACGGCCCAUGUCCUCACGAGCGUCGUCUAUCAUUUCCAGAAUCUAUUUAACGGCGAUGAAGCACUAGCCCGUCCAGUAACCCAAUUCGCGAACAAGAACUGGCGGGCAAUAUUCACGGAAGUGUCACCGCCCAUUGUCUCCGCUAUCGUCGAUCGCAUCGUGCACCAAACUGCUCAUCUCUUCGAAAAAGUGCCUCUUACACAACUUUCGUUGGACUGA